UGACAUCACAGUCACUGGGAAUUUUAAACCGAGACAUGAGGCAGUCUGGCCAGUAGUGCAUCAACUGAGCUGCUGAACUGCUGUUGGUAGCGAAGGCUGGAGCACAGCUGAAGGAUGCAGACUGGUUCGCGAUGGAGAUUGGGCAUGGUCGCUGUGAGGGCCCGACGGGACCGUGAGCAAGCAGCGACAAUUGCCAAAUAUGAGCAGGGCCACCAAGGUGUGGCUCUAUCUGAGCCUGAAGAAGAGGAUGAUGACAGCGGCCGCCUCUUCCCAGACAGGCUUGGAUUUCUACAUGAGAAGAUGCUGCUUCAGGACAGUGUCCUGGGGACUAAGCAGAAACAGAUGGAAACUCGGAGACUCCAAAAGUGGGUCAAAAUGUUGAAGAAUUAUACCAAAUAUUGUGACAGCAAGAAGUUCCAUCGGAGAUGCUUCAAAGGAAUCCCCAGCCAGGUGCGGGGAAGCAUCUGGAUGCUAAUGCUUGAUGUGAACACGAAGAAAGCCCAGAACGUGGGGAAGUACAAGGCAAUGAAGGAGCAGUCCAGGCUGCAGUCAACGCCAUUCGACCAGAUCAACUGGCCUGUGCGAGGGAGCUUCCGAAAUCACGUGCUGUUCCAAGAACGCAAUGGAGCCAGGCAGCAGGCUUUGCUUGAUGUUUUGAUGGCCUACACCGUGUACAACCCUGAGGUGGGCUGUGGCCAAGGCCUGAGCCAUCUAGUGGCGCUAUUGCUGAUGUGGCUGAGCGAGGAAGACACAUUCUGGGCUCUGGUCCAGCUGAUGGAGAACAAAAAAUAUGCGAUGUCUGUCUUCCCUUACUGUCCUGUGUGUGGGAAUCUCUAG